GCCGCGUACGGCGGGAAUGGAUCCUGCGGGAUCAUCCGUGACGCGGAGGGGCCGUUCCGGGGGUGCCACCCCCACGUCAGCCCUGUGGAAUAUUUCACCCACUGCAUCCACGACGUCUGUGCCGCCAACGGGGACCGCGCCGCCCUGUGCCACGCGCUGCAGGCGUACGCGGCCGCUUGCCAGGCCGCCGGUGCGAUGGUCGGGGCGUGGAGGACGAAGGAUUUCUGCCCCCUGUCCUGCCCCCCCAACAGCCACUACGAGCUCUGCACCCGCACCUGUGACCUCACCUGUGCCGCCCUCGUGGGYCCCGCCCCCUGCACCUGGGGCUGCUUUGAGGGGUGUCAGUGUGACGAGGGCUUUGUCUUCGAUGGGGACACCUGCGUGUCACCCGAGCGCUGUGGCUGCCUCCACAGGGGACGCUACCUCAAGGCGGGUGAGACCGUCACCUUCAACAACUGCUCCAAGGAAUGCCACUGUCACCCGUCACGGGGGCUGGCGUGCCGGGACACGCGGUGUCCCCAGGACCAGGCGUGCGUCACCCGUGACGGGGCACAGGCCUGCGCCAGGAGGGAAGGCCACUGUCACAUCACACCCGGGGCCACCUUGACCACCUUCGACGGCGCCACCGGGCCCCUGCUGGCCAGCGGCACCUACAAGGUGUCAGCCCUGUGCGACGAGGA